AUGAUGAUUUUUGCGAAUAGCCUGUUGUGGGUGUCAACAGUUUUUGCAGUCGCGUCCGCACAGUCUGUGAACUUGACACUUGUUCCAGUCGCGACAGGCUUCAAGGACGAGAACACCGGUUUCGUCUACGGCGGCUCUCCAAUUCUUGUCGCGAAUGACAAAAGCGCAGACGAUGGCGGCUUCCGCACAUUUGCAGUCGCGCCGCCUCCGAUCUUCAAGCAAAUCGCCCAUCAAAAGACCGGUCGCUCGAAAGUUGUUGUCCCUGUCCACGAUAUUGGCGGUCGCGAUUUAAUCAUCAACAUCCCUUCUCCGGACUCUCUCAUUCGCGUGUUCGACACAAAAACUGGCAAAAAGGUCGAUAGCAACGACAAGAUACAACUCGGUGAUUGGAGCACAGCGUGCGUUUGGCGUAGCCAGAAAAGUGGUGCAAGCUACUUGUUUCUAUUCGGCAAGAGUAAGGUGGUGCAGUUCUUGAUUCGAGACAAGAAGAAGGAUGUCGAAAUUGUUGAAACCUUCCCUGUACCCAUUGAGGGCGAGACGUGCACUGUCUUCUUGAACGGCCAGGUCUUUUUCUCUGCGGAAGACCGCCCCUUGUAUUCCUUCCAAGCGACCGAAUCAACCAGAGCACCGGAAGUAAAGACUGUGAGCGACAAAAUUGAAGUUGCUGGGCUUGCGACAUAUCACAGCAACUCGAGCGACUACCUGUUUGUCUUUCACGGCGAGGUCAUGGACGUAUAUGACAGUAAGAUUGCGCCAAAAGGCACAGUCGAGUUCAACGGCGUUGCAGAUCUUUCCAUCGAAGGUGGAUUGUCCUUGUUGCAAUCUUCGACUGAAUCGUACCCCGCCGGUAUCAUCGCGUUUGCCUUCGAAGGUGAGGAUGGUAAUGGAGUCGUUGCCGCAUCGCUAGCCAGUGUCCUCGCACCACUUGGUAUUGCAACCAACACAGCAUACAGCCCCAAGACUAAGCCCUGUACUCGUUGCGAGAGUGCAAUCUCCGAGAAGUGCUCCAACAAUGGAUUCUCUGCAGGCGGUGGCUGCUCGUGCUUUGCUGGCUUCUCUGGAAAGGAAUGCAAUAAGAAUGCCUGCCUCAAUGACUGCUCCGGACAUGGCAAAUGUGACGGUCCGAAUGUGUGCAAGUGCAAAGACGGCUGGACUGGACCAGAUUGCUCGUUUGUUGCGGUCAAGGCAAAGUAUGAGACCGAAGCAAACGGUGGCGAUGGCGAUGACCCUGCGGUCUGGAUCCAUGCCACGAAGGCCGACCAGAGCAAGAUCAUUACCACCACCAAAUCCAGCGAUGGAGAGGGCUUUGGUGUGUUCGACUUGCAAGGCAAGCUCUUGCAGCACUUUACAGCGGAAGAGCCGAACAACGUCGACAUUAUCUACAACGUGACUGUGGGCAGCAGAAAGACUGAUCUCGCGUUCGCUGCCUGUCGAGGCGACAACACUCUUUGCCUCGUCGAGGUCAACAGCAGCGGCCUCAUCCAGCCCAUCGCCGGCGGCAAGCAAAGCCUUCCGGAAGACUACGAGCCCUACGGCUCCUGCACCUACCACUCGCGCAAGUCAGGCAAAGACUACCUCUUCGUCAACAACAAAAAAGCAGAAUACCUACAGUACGAACUCAGCUCUACUGUCAACGGUACCCUCCAAACGAAGCUCGUGCGCCAAUUCACUGGGGGCUCGGGCGGUCAAGUCGAAGGCUGCGUCGGCGACGAUGGAGCCGGCUACAUCUUCCUCGGCGAAGAGCCGCUUGGGAUUUGGCGCUAUGAAGCCGAGCCCACUGGCUCAAACACGGGUGUCCAGGUCGCCAAGGUCGGCGAUGCCAGUGGUCUCUCAGCCGACGUCGAAGGCAUUACGCUCGUGCCCGCGAAGUCUGGACCUGGCGGCUAUAUCCUUGUGUCUAGCCAAGGCAUCAGCGCGUACAAGGUGUACGAGCGCGCGCCGCCACACAAAUACGUUACGACGUUUACGAUUGUGAACAAUGAAAAGAAGGGUGUCGACCAUGUGAGCAAUACGGAUGGAUGUGCGGCCGUGGGCAACAGGCUGAACAAGGAUUUCCCGUAUGGGCUUUUUGUCACGCACGAUGAUGCUAAUGAGCUCGCUGAGGGUGGGACGGCGAAGGAAGCGAGUUUCAAGUUGGCGAGUUUGGUGGAUAUACUUGGGGAAGAGAGGGCGAAGGGUUUGGGGUAUUGA